AUGGUCCUCAACACCGAGCUUACCCGCAUGCUUGGCAUCAAGCACCCCAUCGUGCAGGGUGGUAUGCAGUGGGUCGGAUUGCCGGCUCUCGCUGCGGCCGUCGCCAAGGCUGGUGGUGUCGGUAUUCUUACCGCCCUCACCCAGCCAAGCCCUGAUGCUCUCCGUGAGGCCAUCCGUGAGACGCGCCAGAUCAUCGGUGACGGCCCUUGCCCCGGCAAGUUUGGUGUGAACAUCACUCUCCUUCCCUCAAUCACCCCUCCCGACUACGCCGGCUUCGUCCGUGCCGCCAUGGACGAGGGCGUUGACAUCUUCGAGACCGCCGGCAACAACCCCGGACCCAUCAUCAAGCUCAUCAAGACCUACCAGGCGCCCGGCCAGUCGUCUAUCCCCAGGCGCUACGUGAUCCACAAGUGUGUUGCCGUCCGCCACGCCCUUUCGGCCCAGAAGAUGGGCGUCGACCUUCUCUCGAUCGACGGCUUCGAGUGUGCCGGCCACCCCGGUGAAGAGGACAUUGGUGGCCUUGUUCUCCUUGCGCGUGCCGCCAAGGAACUCAAGAUCCCCUUCAUCUCGUCUGGAGGUAUCGCCGACGGACGUGGUCUUGCCGCAUCCCUCGCUCUCGGUGCCCAGGGCUGCAACAUGGGCACUCGCUUCAUGUGCACUGUUGAGGCUCCAAUCCACCAGAACAUCAAGGAGCAGAUUGUGGCCUCGAGCGAGCGCGACACUGUCCACAUGUUCCGCACCCUCAAGAACACUGCGCGUGUGUUUAAGAACAAGGUGUCGAGCGAGGUCGUGCGCCUCGAGAAGCGACCCGAGGGUGCCAAGUUCGAGGAGCUUCGCGAGCUGGUCGCUGGCGCGCGUGGCAAGCUCGUCUACGAGAACGGUGACCCCGAGUACGGCAUCUGGUCGGCCGGUAUCUCCAUGGGUCUGAUUGACGACAUUCCGACCUGCAAGGAUCUUUGUGACCGGAUGGUUGCCGACGCUGAGAAGGUCAUCGCCGACAUGGCCUCCAUGUCGAGCAAGGCUAAGCUCUAA